AUGUGUGCUAUGUUAUCCUAUCUCAACGCAACUCGAGUAGCAGUAUUAUACGAAGCCAGUUCUAGUAAAGAGAACAAUGUUUGCUACAUAAUGCAACAAGAAUUCGACAGUAAAAGCUGCAACAUUACAGUAUCUUACAAAAGCAGCUACAAGUUGGGCGACAACUUUGAUGAAAUCUUAUUCAAUCUUCAGUCUUUGACCAGAAGUAAGUCACUCCUACCCUACCCUACCCUACCCUACCCUACCCUACCCUACCCUACCCUACCUUACCCUACCCUACCGUACCCUACCCUACCCUACCCUACCCUGACCUUCUUACAGUACCUUUGCCACACCCUACCUUUGUCCUAAAGGGGGACCUCCCCCCCCCCAAAAAAAAAUUUUUGAAAAAAGUUGAACGUGGUCCCCCCUGUGGAUUUUCGGAAAAAACAUUUCGCAAAAAACCGGCACAGGUAGCUUACCUGUGCCGAUUUUUUAAACUCCUGCCCCCAGACCAAAAGUCCCCGCCCGGCUCUGUCUACAUACUACCAUGCUUAGCCUUACUUUCUACGCCACUUUCUUACACUUCAGUAAAACUUUAUCACUACUACUGUAACAUCUUUUCAGUAGUAGUAGUAUGUGCCGAGACCCUGCAAAGCCAGCUGGACUUCUUUGCCCGGGUCAUCUCAUUAGGAAUGGCAAACCCGGACUACCUCUACGUGGUGGCCGAUAUGAGUGGACCAUGUAAGUAGUACCAUCAGUACCAUUUUGAAUUUAGACCAUAAAGCUCAAUGUAGUGACUACUCGGCCGACUACAGUAGCAUCGCCGGUGCUCUACCGUACAUCUUCCUAAUGAGUAUGGGACGCAGACUGCGUGAGCCUUUCGUCAACCUACAGUAUGACCCUUUUAAUACGACCCUCAACAACUUCAAUACCAACUUCACCAACGAGAUUGCGGACAAGUUGAGAAUGGCACCAUACAACUGUACCGAUUGCCCCAGGCACUUCAAAGUCGGAUGUUAUUCGUAUCAACUGGCAGAUACGUUGUUACUGUACGGUAAUGUACUCAAUAGAACGGUAGUUACAAGGAGAAAUGGGGUUUAUGACUUGGCUACGGCUAGAGAUGGCAGAUUGUUGAUGAACAUGACCAAUAUCACCUUUAUGAGUAAGUGGAAAGAAAGUUUUUGCUAUUUUUAGUUUUGUAAAAAAAGUUCUUGCCAUUUUUAAAUUUGUAAAAAAAGUUCUUGCCAUUUCGUGUCUUGUAAAGAAAGUUCAUGCCAUUUUUAAUCCAAAUACCGAAUUUUAAGCUUUUUUAUCAACGAGAAAGAAAGUUAUGACUUUUCAAAAAAGUGGAAGUUGGGUGGAAGAUUUGUAAUGUAUUUUGCGCUGAAAAUCUUCCACCAAACUUCCACUUCUAAAAAGUGUUAAAAACGAGUUUUAAGAUCAUUUUAAGACUUUUUAAAAAUGGAAGUUGAAUGGAAGAUUUUCAGUGCAAAAUACAUUACAAAUCUUCCACUUUACUUUCACUUUUUAUAACCUUCUAAUUUUUUGUUCUCUAAAGAAAGUUCUUGCCAUUUUUUGUUCUGUAAAGAAAGUCCUUGCCAUUUUGCUCUCUAAAAACUUAUUUUUAAGGUUACCGAGGAGAUUUCACAUUAGAUGCGAAUGGUACCAGAAACCCCACCUUUUACCUAAAAGGCCUAACAGACAAAAUGGAAUAUGCCAACAUACUGAGAGCUCUGAAAAUUCAGAAUGAUGUGGUAAGAAUAUAAAAAUGUUUAUGUGAUGAAGUAUUGAUUAAUUUCAUUUAGAAAUAAGGGUUGCAGGCUGCACAAACCAUUUUAUACGAUGAAAAGUUUAAAAACGGGUAUUGCAGCGUGCGAAAUCCAUGUUAUACGACGAAACAUGUCUUACCAUUUUUAAAAUUUUAAAAAAAUUUUUAUUUUUUUUAUUUUUUUAAUUAAUUUUUAAAAAAUUUUGUAAUUUUUGCCCAUUUUUGAUCAAUUAUAAGUGGUUGCAGCCUGCGUAAACCAUGUUAUACGAUGAAACAUGUCCAAACGUAACAAAUUAGCUGUGACUUUAAAUUUAAAUUUUAAACUUUAAAAAACGUUAAAAAAUCUAUCUUUCACAAAAAAAAAUUUUUUUUAAUUUUCAGCACAUUACCAACGUAUUUCGAAAUGAUAGUCUAAUAUGGCGCUUUCGCCCAAACCAACAACCAGUAAAGUCCAUCCCAACCUGCGGCUUCUUAGGCGAUGCCUGCUUCAUUGGCUUCCUGAGACACUACUGGAUAUUCAUAGUAGCUGUGGGUGUACCAUUACUCACACUGGUACUACUCGCCUGUGUGGUAUGGCUUGGUAUUUGGCAUAGUAAGCGGAAAGCCACCAAGAUAGCCAAAUAUGCGUGGAAAAUUGGACUGGCCGACUUGAAAGAGAUUACUGUAACUAAUUUGGACAAGUCUAAGGAGACGUUAUUGGACUUUCAUAGUAAUAGUACGGUAGUUGUGAGAGAUGGGAAUGAGGAGAUUGAAGUUAGAAAGAACAUCUUCAUGCUGAAUGGUAAUACUGUGUUGGUGGAGGUACUCAAACCUAGGAUAACAUUGAAGAAGGAAGAUGAGAAAGAGGCUAGAAAUGUAAGUUUUAUUUAUUUUAAUGGGGGGGGGGUGAGGGGUAAAAGUGGGGAGGGGUAAAUCAAGGGCUUACGGUACGGGAUACGGUAAGAGUCACAACAAAGUUUAUUGUAAAGUAUAGAACAAAAUGUUAUGUUAAGAUGUAAUGCAAUGGAUAGGGUAUACAGUAAAAAAAGCUACAUCAAGAGAUAUGGCAUACGGUACAAAAAGGCAUGAAGCAAGGAGUAAGGUAUAGAAUAGCGCAAGCGGUAAAGCAAAGGGUAAGGUGUACGGCAACGCAAGGUAAAGCAAGGAGUAAGGUAUACGGUAAGCUAUACAAAAAGGCGUAUGGUAUGACAUACGAUACAGAACACAAUAGCAUCUACGUAAAAGGUUACGGUAAGCAUUGAAAUAGAGCAGGUACGGCAGGACGAGAGACAGUAAAGUUAGAUACAGUAUGAGGUACAAUAAGCUAGGGUACAGUAAACACCGCCAAGUUAGGUAGGGUACGGUAAGAUAAGGUACAGUGACGUAAGAUACAGUAAGGCAACGUACAGCCGGGUGGGAUACAGUAAGGUAGAAUAGGGUAGGGUAGGGUAGGGUAGGGUAAUGCAGGAUAGGCUUACUCUAACUUGAUUUUUCAGCUCUACCACCUCUGCCAUGCCAAUGUAAACACAUUUAUGGGUCUCUGUCCGGACCCCUCCGACCAUAUUUGCAUCGCUUGGAUACACUGUAACCGAGGGUCGAUUCAAGAUGUCAUACGACAAGAGAACAUCACAAUAGACGCUGUUUUUACUCAGCUAUUCAUGUUGGACAUAGCCAAAGGUCUAGAGUAUAUUCACCACAGUAACGUGAAAUACCAUGGUAAUCUGAAUUCAUCAUGUUGUUUGGUCGAUGACAGAUGGCAGAUCAAGCUGUCACAUUUUGGCAUGAAGAACGCUAGAAGGGUGGUGGAAAGGCACAGAAAGGGUGGAUUAUAUAAAAUAUCAAAAAAAAAUUUUUUUUGAAAAUUUAAAAAAUUAAAAAAAAAUAUUUAAAUUUUGAAAAAUGCCAUUUCAGCCAACCUAUGGGUAGCGCCAGAGAUUCUUCGUAACAAAGACCACAUCGGUUCGAAGGAAGGUGACAUUUACAGCUUUGCCAUCGUGUCAUCAGAACUUAUGAAUGUCAGUUUGGCAUGGGGUAUCAAUCAUAACAGUGAUAGUGAUAUUGAAAGUACGUUUCUAAACUACUCCCAACCUUGUCGCUCUAUCUUAGCCUUACGCUUAGCCUUAUUGCUUUAUCGAAACUCGACCAUCCCUCAGGGUUUAAAUUGGUCUCUAGGCUCAAGCUGUGCUUUAUGCUUAAGGUUAAAAUUAAGCUUAGAUUUUGAACUUAGGCAUUGAUAUGACAGGCUUAAAUUCAGCCUAAUCCUAAGCCUAUGCCUAAGCCUAAGCCUAAGCUUAAGUAUAAGCAUAAGUCUAAGCCUGAGUUUAAGCCUAAGCCUACGCCUAAGACUAAACCUAAGCUUAAGCAUAAGCCUAAGCCUAAGUUUAUGCCUAAGCCUAAGCACAAUCUUAGCCUCUUCCUACUUUUAGACGUGAUCCACACAGUAACCGCCAUACCUUACAACCAAAUACCCUAUCGACCACAAAUACCCUACCCUCUACCUCAAGACCUCAGCCCAUCUCUAGUAGCCCUAGUACAAGAUUGUUGGCAAGAAGAGCCAAGUAAUCGUCCAAGGAUAACAUCAAUAGUCAACAGAUUGACUUUAAGUGGCAGAGGAAGGAAAAUUAACCUCAUGGAUCAUAUCUUUCAUAUCCUGGAGAAGUAUGCUACAAGGUUAGAAGAGGAAGUACUAGAAAGGACAAAAGAACUGAUUGAAGAGAAGAAGAAGGCCGAUGGGUUACUGUAUCGACUAUUGCCUUUGUAAGAAUACUCUACCUACCCUACCCUACCCUACCCUACCCUACCCUACCCUACCCUACCCUACCCUACCCUACCCUACCCUACCCUACCCUACCCUACCCUACCCUACCCUACCCUACCCUACUCUACUUUACCCUACCCUACCCUACCCUACCUUGCUGUACCCUACCUUAUGCGUGCCUUACUGUAUCUUUCCCUAUUGCGUCUUAUCUUCCUGUUAUUUUUUCUGCUGUGCCUUACCCUACUGUACCAUGACUUACUGUAUCUUUCUUUCAUUUACUUUACUGUAUUCUACCUUACUGUACCUUACCUUAUGGUACACUACCCUACUCUAGCCUAUCCCACUUUACCCUGUUUUACUGUUCCCUAUCUUAAUGUACCCUACUUUACAGUACCUUCCCGUACUGUACUCUAAACUACCGUAAUGUAGCCUACCUUGCUGUAUGUUAUCUUUCUCUAACAUCAUCUGCCCUACAGUACCCUACUUUAUCCUGCCCUAUUUGUCUUUCAUUGAACUACUUUUCCCAUUAGCCCUACCUCAAACCAUUUUCAGACAAGUAGCAGAAAACCUAAAGACAGGCCACAGUCUAGCCCCAGAAAACUACGACAGCGCUACCGUAUUCUUCUCUGACGUAGUAUCCUUUACUGCACUAGCAGCCAAGUCGUCACCACUACAAGUGGUUAAUAUGCUCAACGAUCUCUACACCAAAUUCGACUCAAUCAUUCAACACUUUGACGUAUACAAGAUGGAGACCAUUGGUGAUGGUCUACUGGUCGUAUCUGGCCUACCACACCGAAAUGGCAUCGCUCAUUGCAGUGAAAUAGCCAGAAUGGCAUUAAAGUUUCAGUUUGGUUUGGAGGACUUUAGAGUACCUCAUUUGAGGAGGGAGAGGAUUCGAUUAAGGAUUGGCAUUCAUACUGGUAAGAUUUUUGGAAAAAAUUGCAGAAACUUUCUUUACAAAUCAAAAAAUGGCAAGAACUUUCUUUACAAAACAUAAAAUGGCCAAAACUUUCUUUACAAAUCGAAAAAUGGCAAGAACUUUCUUUACAAAACAUAAACUGGCAAGAACUUUCUUUACAAAACAAAAAAUGGCAAGAACUUUGUUUACAAAACAUAAACUGGCAAGAACUUUCUUUACAAAACAAAAAAUGGCAAGAAAUUUGUUUACAAAACAUAAACUGGCAAGAACUUUCUUUACAAAACAAAAAAUGGCAAGAACUUUGUUUACAAAACAUAAACUGGCAAGAACUUUCUUUACAAAACAAAAAAUGGCAAGAACUUUGUUUACAAAAACACUAUACUUUCGGAUUUAGGACCAUGCGCAGCUGGCGUAAUUGGCCUAAGCAUGCCGAGGUAUUGUGUAUUUGGUGAUACGAUUAAUAAAGCUUCUCGAAUGGAAAGUAAUGGGCGCCGUAAGUUUAUUACACCGUGCUUUUAUGAAAGCUAUAUCGUGUAGUUAAAAAUAUUUAAUUUUUUAAAUUUCCGAUUUUUAGCUAUAAUGAAGUAGGUUUCUUUAUAACGAACAAUCAAACAUCUUAAGUACGACACUCAAAGAACUAGUUCAAGUCUUUAUAACCUGGGUGUCGCGCUAACCAGGAACUUUUCGGUAUGGAUUCUGUUACAAAGCGCAGUUAAAAACUUGUCAUUAUAAAAAGAAUGUCGCGCUAUUGAGAUAUCAAAGACAUUUUACUGUAUACCAAAGAAAUUUUACUGUAUAUCUUUAGCGGGUCAUGUUCACAUAUCUGGUGAUACAAACAAGUACCUGACUGAACUUAUUGGCGGAUUUGUUACCUGUCUACGUGGAACCAUUAUAGUAAAAGUAAGGGAAAUAUAAACCUAUAAAUCUCUUCCAGAUUUGUUUCCAGUCUCCUUCUCUAAUUUUUUCUUUACCCCCCCCCCUCCAAAUGAUUUUUUUACAGGUUGCGCCAAAAGUUCUGUUACCCCAUCCCCAGGUUUUUUUUGCUAGCCCCUCCCCCAUCCCCUUAUCUGCUAUGAAAUUUUAGCAUAUAAGGAGAGGGUGAAAAGUUUCAUGUAAAAAACAAUGUAAAAACGAGAAAAAUUUCAGGGCGUGGGUGAAAUGGAAACCUACUGGCUACGAGGAACAGUGGAAGACCAGAACCGCCUUUUACCACCUCAUGAGGUUAAAGACAGUUCCGAUGAGGAAUAUUAA